AUGCCGUACACCGACAAGUUUGGCCAGCAGCAGUGGAAGUACCAAGAGGCCCAGAAGCACUAUUUUGCCUUCCACGCCAGUGCGUCGACGGUGUACGCUCUCGACAAGGUCAACAACUUGCACGUUGGCGCGACGGCCGAGAUCGCGUCCGGCGAAGUCAAGUGGACCGAUGUCAAGUGCCCGGGCUUCUCGCAGAUCGCGUUCAACGGCGAGCGUGUUUGCGGUAUCACGGCCGACACUAAGCAGAUCCAGUGCAGCGUCGGCUUGCUCAAGAAGCGCGUCCAGUGGGCCGACGCGCUCCCGGGCCGCUCGUGGAUCAGCCUCGCGCAGAGCAACGGUCUUCUCUACGCUGUGGACGAAGAGGGCGUGCUCUACGUCAAUGGCAUGCCCGAACCGACGCCGGCGCCGACGACCCCCGAGCCGACGACCGCGGAACCGACCCCGGAGCCGACGCCCGCGCCGACCCCCGCGCCAACGCCCGAGCCGACGAAGGAUCCGGCCCCGACGACGUGGGUCGAAGUGGCGCGUGACGGCAAGCAAGUGGCCGCCGACAACGACUACGUCUGUCUCCUCGACACGGCCAAGCAGGUGGCCUGUGCCACGGCGCCGUCGAUGACGGCCAAGUGGGUCAAGCGCGACGGCAAGUGGUCCACGAUCGCUGUCGGUGGCAACUCGCUCGUCGAGUACAGCUACACCAAGGGCAACGCCGUCAUCUCGGACAUCAAGAACAACUCCUCGGUCGACGUUUCGGUCGACUUUGGCUCGCACGUCGCGACCGAUGGCGAGACAUUCUGUGCCCGCGAGCAGAAGGACAAGAGCCAUAUCUACAUGAAGUGCCUUCCGUACACGACCAAGUUUGGGACGCAGUGGAAGUACCAGGAGGCCCAGAAGCAUUACUUGGCCUUCCACGCCGGUGCGUCGACUCUCUACGCCCUCGACGAAGUCCACAACCUCCACGUCGGCGCCACCGCCGAGAUCGCGUCGGGUGCCGUCAACUGGGCCGCUGUCAAGAGCCCGGGCUUUUCGCAUAUUGCGUUUGACGGCACGCGCGUCUGCGGUAUCACGGCCGAGUUCAAGCAGAUCCAGUGCAGCAUCAGCUCCCUCUCGGAGAACCGCAUUACGUGGUCCGAGCCGCUCGCUGGCCGCUCGUGGAUCAGCAUUGCGCUCAGCAGCGACUUGGUGUAUGCCGUCGACGAAGCGGGCUCGGUCCAACUGAUUGGCGCGCCCAAGAAAAUGUAA